UGUGUUUUCAGGGUUCUCCUGUGAGGCUUCAGGACCAUGUCUGCUGUCCGUGUUGAAAACCACACGAACGGGGGCUCAGAGCCGACGUGCAGAGAGAACCAGCAGCGCACCAUGAGCAGCGAGGACGGCCAGAACCACGACCCGGACUGCUCCGCCUCUCCUCCAGAUGGCGGGCUGCCAAUGCCAGUCACCGACCUGAAGAUUACACACACCAAGAUAUUUAUCAACAAUGAGUGGCACGAGUCCAGCUGUGGGAGAAAGAUACCUGUAUACAACCCAGCCAGCGGAGAGCUCCUCUGCGAGGUGGAGGAAGGGGUCCAGGAGGAUAUUGACAAAGCUGUAAGGUGCGCCAGGGACGCCUUCCAGCUGGGGUCGCCAUGGCGACGAAUGGACGCGUCCGAGAGAGGCCGUCUGCUGAACAAGCUUGCGGACCUGGUGGAGCGGGACCGCCUGAAAUUAGCUACUUUAGAAUCCAUUGACUCUGGAAAGCUGUUUCUCAUGGCAUACUUUGUGGACUUGAAGGGGACAAUUAAUACCCUGCGUUACUAUGGAGGCUGGGCUGACAAGAUUCAGGGCAAGACUAUCCCUGUGGAUGGCGAGUAUUUCACUUUCACAAGACACGAGCCCAUUGGUGUUUGCGGUCAGAUCAUACCGUGGAACUUCCCGCUGAUGAUGUUUGCUUGGAAGAUCGCUCCUGCGCUGUGCUGUGGGAACACAGUGGCCAUCAAACCAGCCGAACAGACACCACUGACUGCACUGCACAUGGCCACACUCAUCAAAGAGGCUGGAUUCCCCCCCGGGGUGGUGAACAUUGUACCGGGGUAUGGACCCACGGCUGGGCACGCCAUCGCCCACCACAUGGACAUCGACAAAGUGGCGUUCACUGGGUCGACCGCGGUUGGAAAACUCAUUAAAAAGGCAGCGGGCAACAGCAACCUCAAACGUGUCACUCUGGAACUCGGGGGCAAGAAUCCCAACAUUGUCUUUGCGGACUGCGACUUGGAGCACGCGGUGGAACAGGCACACCACGGACUGUUCUUCAACCAGGGCCAGUGCUGCCUGGCGGGGUCCAGGGUCUUUGUGGAAGAGUCCAUCUACGAGGAGUUUGUCCUCAGGAGUGUGGAAAAGGCCCGCAAGAGGGUUCUGGGAAACCCAUUGAUCCCCGGAGUGGACCAGGGCCCACAGAUCGACAAAAAGCAGUUUGACAAAAUCCUGGAGCUCAUCGACAGCGGGAAGAAGGAGGGGGCAAAGCUGGAGUGCGGGGGGGCCGCCUGGGGGCAGAAGGGCCUCUUCAUCCAACCCACCGUCUUCUCUGACGUCACAGACGACAUGCGCAUCGCCAAGGAGGAGAUAUUUGGACCGGUGCAGCAAAUUAUGAAGUUUAGAAGCAUAGAGGAGGUGAUUAAAAGAGCUAACAACACGCACUACGGACUGGCGGCUGGAGUCUUCACCAAUGACAUCAACAAAGCGCUCACUAUCGCCACUGCCCUGCAAGCAGGCACCGUGUGGGUCAACUGCUACAAUGCAAUGAGUUCUCAGUGUCCUUUUGGUGGGUUUAAGAUGUCAGGAAAUGGGCGGGAAAUGGGUGAAUACGGUUUGCAGGAAUACACAGAAGUAAAGACAGUCACUGUUAAAAUCCCUCAGAAGAACUCUUAAGAUGAAAACUCUGACA